AUGUCGGCUAGUGCUGUUGCGGGUUUCGACCCCCAGCCGUGGCCAUCCGAGCCAAAGCCGGCUACCCCCCGCCGGCUAUCGGGCUGGCCGGGCUGGCCGGGCCCGGCGGGCCAGGACGAGGGCCAGCGGGUUUGGGGCAUCAGGCCCGCACCCAUCGACUACACGACGUGGACGGGGCUGAAGGAGCACUACGUCCAGAGCCGCAGACACUUCUACUGCCAGCACUGCGACGAGCAUUUCGACGAUGGCGGCGAGCUGGCGGAACACAUGGACGACGCACAUUUCUACUGCUCUUCGUUCGAGCGUGCACCACUACUGCACCCCCUGCCGCCGGCUGUUCACCUCCGCAAACAACCUCAACGCGCAUAUGAACUCGGCGCUGCACAAGCCACGCACGAUCACGUGCCCCGGCCGCGGCUGCGGGCAGUCCUUCAUCAACGGCCCGUCGCCUCGCCGCGCAUCUCGAGGCGGGCAGCUGCGCGUCGGGCGCGAACCGGCAGUCGCUCAACCGCUACAUCCGCGCAGGACACGCGCAACGUGAUCACCCGACCCCCGCGCCUGAUCGCCGCGGCGGAGAGCGACAACACGCUACGUCGCGACCGGGCGCAGCUGGAACGGCACCGCGUACGAGUGCUACCUCUGCCACGGCAAGUUCCGCACGCUGCCCGGGCUUAA